AUGGCAACAAAGGCGUUAACGAAAGAGGCAAUUGUAAUGACUGAGAAGAAGAUGAACAUGAGCUUAGAUGAUAUUAUUAAAAUGUCGAAGAAAAAUUCUGCUAAAGGGAAAAGACCUCUGAGGCCUCUUAUUAAACACCAAGGCUUUCAGAAUAGGAAUCCUUCCCAUGGUAACACCGUGCUACAGGGAUUCAUGGAUUCCAGAUCUUCAAUUAGACAGGGUGUUCUUGCAAAGAGAAGGUCAAAUUUUCAUGGGAAUCAAUUCCCAGUAAUCACAGAGGUGGCUAGGAAGGCUGCUUCUGAACACUUGUCAAAAGAUGAUGCUAAAUAG